AUGAUGAACAGCAACAAGGAUUAUCUCAGUGAGGGCUCCUCUAUCAGCUCGGUGUUGUCUGACUUGGUGAAUGAGAUGAGGGCACUCAAGAUCAGUUGUGUGGAACAGAAGGAAUUGAUUCAGCAACAGCAACACAUCAUUGCACAACAUAACCUGGUUAUACAACAACAAGGUGAUGGAGGAAAUGGCAAUCACUAUCAACAACGUAGCAACUUCCAGCAACAGCAGCAACCAAGACUAUUUAAUGAUUCAUGUUACAACUGUGGCGAGUAUGGGCAUAUUGCUCGAGUGUGUCCAGUUCCACCAAGAAAAAGACAGCAACCAGGUUUCCGUGGUAGUGGCAUUGCUGGUCCUAAUCAGCUGGGUAACACCAAUCAAACGGACAACAAUGAGGGAAACAAUGGUAACAAGGAGAAUUCGGGAAAAGAGUUGGGCCGUCAAGAAAUUGAGCUAGAUGUGAAUGCAGUCAAGAGAGGAAGAGGUGCCAUGUCGGAUGAGGGUGUUCAAGGUAAUCCACGCAAGAGGGGCAAGGAUAAUGGUGAUCCAGGUCCAUCAACACUGGCUCAUCGAUCUCAACAGCAACAACCAUCAGCAGUAGUAACUUCACAGCAACCAACCCACGAGGAAAACAUAGUGUAA